ACUUAUCAGACACUAUCGGUGGAGUAAACACAGGAUGUGGUAGGGGCUGGGCAUAACGUUUGGGACACUGCGCUACUGAAUGCCAAAUUAAACAUGAAGGCAAUUACUAGGAUAUUCCGACGGAAGGAUGAGGUGACCCCAGUAACAGAAGAUAUGAAUAUUUCUACUCCAACGGUUGUCACUCACACUUUGCAUGUCACCUAUGACCCUAACACUCAGUCCUAUGAGGGCAUUCCUGAUGCCUGGAAAGGAUAUAUUGAAGCUGCUAUUAGUAAAGAUGAAAUUGCUAGUAAUCCACAAGCUGCUAUUGCUGCUGCAAAAUUCUGGAAGUACUCAAUACGACGGAAAGAAACAGAUGUAAAGCUCAUCCCAACGCCUCAAGUUAUCCAGGAAGAAACUGAAGCUAUUGAACAUAUUUUUGAAACUGGUAAAGAUUCGUGUGAAAUUGUUGAGGACUUUACAUCAGUCAAGAAGCCAGAAGAGGAUCAGAUUAAUAGAAAAGAAGAGCAGUCUAACGACCAGGCCUCCAAUAUUACCUUAAAAUCAGAGGAUCAAGUAGACAGAGCAGAAGAUAAGGUUGCCCCAAGCCCUGUGCAGGUACGGAAGAAAAGUCCUAAAAUGAGUGAUGAGGAGGUAAUGAAGCAAUUUAAGCUGCUUUGUUCUCCCAGGAACCCCGAAACAGUGUACAAACGUGAUAAGGAACUGGGAGCCGGGGCUUCUGGAACAGUGUUUAUUGCUCAGGAGAAAGCUAGUGGUCGUAAGGUUGCAGUUAAAGACAUUGAUCUUGACAAACAACCCAAAAAGGAACUGAUUUUGACUGAGAUAAGGGUAAUGAAAGAUCUCCAGCAUGAGAACCUGGUCAACUUCCUCGACGUGUUUUUGCUGAACAACCAUUUAUGGGUGGUGAUGGAGCUGCUUGAUGGUGGACCUCUGACUGAUGUUGUGACAGAAACUAUAAUGAAAGAAAGUCAGAUUGCUGCUGUGUGUCAUCAUACUUUGAAGGGUCUAGAUUACCUUCAUGAAAACGGAAUAAUUCAUCGAGAUAUCAAGUCAGAUAAUGUUCUCCUUGGUAAAGAUGGUUCAGUUAAAGUGACGGACUUUGGCUUCUGUGCUAACAUUAUAGGUGAUGAGAAACGCCAAACCAUGGUUGGAACCCCAUACUGGAUGGCUCCCGAGGUUGUGACUCGUAAACAUUAUGGAAAGAAGGUUGAUAUUUGGUCUCUUGGUAUCAUGGCCAUUGAGAUGAUUGAAGGUGAACCACCGUACUUGAAAGAGACACCACUUCGUGCCCUCUAUCUCAUUGCUUCAAAUGGCAAACCUGUGGUUUCUUCAUGGAAUAAAUUGACCCCCGAGUUUCAGGACUUCUUAAACCGGUGCCUUGACGUUGACGUAGACAAGCGAGCAUCAGCAAUGGAGCUUCUAGAGCACAAGUUCCUCACCAAAGCAGUUAGCACGACCACUCUUAAACCUCUUAUUGAAGCUGCUCAAAGGAUCCUUGGGAAGCGUAUCAGCCAUACCCCAUAGCUUUGUAAACUUAAACAAAUAUUAUGCACAAAGGAAGAUUUUUUUGCUUAUUGACUUUGUAAUUUGUAAUAAAAGUAUAAGACAGUAAAAUGACACUCCCCUAUAUCAGAAGUUUUAGUUUACAGUAAGGUUGAAUGUGAUAGUGGAAGCCAUCUACAAAGUUAUGGUAACCUGCUGUGUUAUAGUAAUUCUGAGGUGUUUGUGUGUUUGAAAAACUUUUGAUUUAAAGGUAUACAUCAAAGAAGGUCAAUCAUAUUCUCCAGUUAUUUCUAUUAUAAUUUACUUUGGAAAAAUGAAAUUUUUUAUUGAACAUAACUUUAUAGUAAUCACUGUUGCUGCUGUUAUCCUUCUUGUUAUUAAUUUGUUUUCAAUUAUUUAGUUUUAAGUUAAACAAAUAGUGACAUACUGUACUUGGUAAGUCAUUUGCAUUCUCAUGGAUUGUGAGCCAACGAGUUCACUCUGAUUGGAUUUCAUUUUAUACACAACAUUCAAGGUUGUGGUAUUAUUAAAUCUAAUGCCAUUGCCGAAAAUGUA